GCCCCUGCCCGGCCCAUGGUGCUGCCCGCCCUACGCCGCCGCUUGCGGGAGCGCCUGCCGCUGCCCCCUGUCCCGCCGCCCGCCUCGGCCCUGCCGCGGCCGCCCUUCGCUUUCGCCCCGCGCCGCCUGCGCCUGGGCCCGCAGCACCCGCUGCUCGAGGAUGGCGACGUGCAAAGGCACCUGUACCUGCGGGAGGCCCUCACGGGCCGCGCCGAGGAAGCGAAAAGGCCAAGGGUGUCUGAGUUCUGCUGCCACAUCUCUGGCUGCUGUCAGGUGUUCGAGACGCUGGAGGGCUACGAGCACCACUACAAUGCACUGCACAGGAAUGUCUGCUCCUUUUGCAGGCGAUCGUUCCCCUCAGGGCACCUCCUGGACAUCCACAUCUCUGAGUGGCACGACUCACUCUUCCAGAUCAUGGCUGAGAAGCAGAAUAUGUACAAGUGUUUGGUAGAAGGCUGUCUGGAGAAGUUCAAGAGCAGCAAAGUCAGGAAGGAUCACUUGGUCACUGUUCACUUAUACCCUGCUGACUUCCGAUUCGAUAGACCAAAGAAAACAAAGAGUUGUGCCAAGCAUGUGAACUGUCCCACAAAUCAUGAUGCGAGCGUGCUGAUGGAUGUCAGUGUGGAGACCUCAGAGCAGCACCAGGUGGACCACAUGGAAGUGGUGCCCAGUGAGAGCAUGGAGGUUGCUCAGCCUGCAGCCAGCCCUUCGGUACCAGAGAAACGUCUCUAUAAAUCCAGGAUCCCAUCCACGGUCUGCUUUGGACAAGGUGCCGCCCGAGGAUUUAAAGGCCCACGUAAGAAAGUCUGAAUGUCAGCACAGCAGAUUUGUGCAAGACAAAAAGACACCAGCAAUUGUUACCGAAGGCACUGUGUCCAAGCAGGAAUGUUUGCUGUUGCAUGCAAGGAUCUGCUCCAUAAUAGGAAAGUGAAAAGGAGAAAAGAGGGGUGGUGCGGUUUGGGAUAUGUAAAUGCCUCAGGAGGUGCUUUGCCACAGGCCCUUCAUGUCUGUGUACCCCGUCCCUUUGACAAGAAUUCGGAGAAGAGCCUGGCUUGUAUUUAUUCUCCAUUAGACACAAAAGCUCUUCUCUCUAAUUUCCCCUGAAAUCAAACUGGAAAUAAAUUUGUCUGCCUCUCU